AUGCAGGGCGCCAGCGGCAUCGUCAUCGCAGGCCCCGUCCCCUUUGACGGCCACAUCCUCGUGUUUGGGCCCGUCUCCUCCGUUGAGGGCCUCUUCUCCAUGCUCGCGCCCCUGAGGAGCAAGCGCCUGGCACGGUGGCGGCCGAUCGUCAUCCUAGACACCACCCUGCCUGAGCCUGGCACCGGUUGGGACGACAUCUCACGGCUCAAGGACGGCAGCGCCCACAGCGCCGCGGACCUCCUGCGGGCCAACGCCGAGCGCGCGGCGCGCGGCAUCCUUUUGCCCAAGUUUGAUCUGGUGCAGGAUGAGGAUGCUGCUCUGGAGGCCGCAGCGAUGUCUGACGGAGAAACCAUUGAGACCUGGCAGCAGCUCAAGACCAUCAACCCGCACAUAGAGCUUCAUACAGAGAUGGUCAUGGCGGCAGACAUGGCUUACCUCUACCCGGCCACGCCCAUUCCAGGGGUGCGGCUCAUGCAGGUCGGGCUGUCCCCGGCCUAUAUGGCCGGGUCUGUCUUCGUGGCCUACUGCUUGGACAGCCUCGCCAUCCAGGCAUACACCAACCACGGCGCCCACAAGAUUGUGCUGAAACUCAUGCACCAGUGGCACAGCGGCGACCCCCGCCUGCUCUCCCGCAGCAUGGGCCGCGCCGCUGGGUGGCGCGCGACUUCCCUGCUCGUCCGCGGCAGCGGCGGCGGCGCGGCACGGGGGCAGGACUCGGAUCCUGAGUCGCCGCGCUCCGCCACCGAUGGCGGCGACGAGCCGCCGGCGCCCCUGCCGCGCGACGGACGGCAGGAGAAAGACCAGUCGCCGCUGCCGCCACCGCCGCCAAGGCCGCCGCCCGCCGCGCCCCGCGAGCCGCGCGGCGGCGCGCCCCCGAAGGGUGCGGCGCGCGAAAAGCGUGGGGCACAGCAGCAGGCAGAGGUGCUGCACGCGCCGACCGUGGUGUUGGUCCACAUCGAGGCGCCUUGGACAGAGGGGUGGAGCUAUGGGGCCUAUUGGCACGACCUGCUGCACCACCAGAGCAUGCUGGCACUGGGGCUGUACCGCCCAGUGCGGCAGCAGGGCGUUCAGUUUGACUGCGUCACGACGCACCCGUGCCCGGACACCCCCCUGCGCCCCGGCGACCGCGCCUUCGUCAUCGCAAACCUGGACUUUGCCGCCGCCGCCGGCAACGGCGGCAGCGUGUGGCCGGCGGGGUCAUUGGGCUUUGAUCAUGACUUGUCAGCCGAGGAGUUUGCAGAGUUCGAGGCGGCGGCGGCGGCGCUGUUGCGGCGCCACGGCGGGCCCGUCGGCGGCGGCGGCGGCGGGGACGGGUUCGGCGCGGGCGCUGCAGGCGCGUGGCAAGGGCCUGCGGCGGCGGCGGCGGCGACUGGGGCAUCGGGGGGCGGCGACCGCGGCCGCGGCGACGAGCUUGCUAGCGGAUCGGACAGCGACGCUGCUCGGCUCUGGGCCGGCGUUGGUUGGGACCCGCUAGGAUCGGAGGGGCACGCCAGCACCUUGCAAGGCGACAUCAGCGACCUCCCCGCCGGUGGGGCCGGCGCGAGAAUUGAGGUGGCCGGCGGCGCCGGCCGGGAGCGGCCUCGGGGGAGUGGCCACGGAAGCGUCCGGUUUUCAGACGCCGGCGCCGGCAGCGGCAUCGGCGGCGCCGGCGGGGGCGGGCGCGGCACGCGCCCCUCUGAAUCAGGGAGCGGCGCCAGGAGCGAGCCUCGGAGCAGCGCCGCAGCUGGCAGCGGCGACAGCGCCCUCGGCGGCGCGCUCAGCGCGCAGAACGGCCGGCCCAGGGGCGGCGUUCUGGACGUGGCCGGGCGCGUCUAG